GAUUUUACGCACACAUGCACGGAGAAGCGAGUGUGUGACGCACAAUACAAUUACAUGAGCGACUUUAGGGUGAGGUGCACGCGCUUUAAAAUGUCGAGGCAGAAACCGAUUAAACAGGGUAGAUAGAAAUGUCAGGUUCAUUCUGCUGGAUACGGUAAAGUUCGGCAGCGCCUCGGUUUGUUGACAGAAGGACGACAGAAAGAAGCAGAAAAGAGGAUUUGUUGACAAAAUCACCCAGUUAGAGAAGCUCCUCCUCUCCAUGAUGUCGCGGAGUCGGAACCUCCUUAAUUACUAAUUUCUCCACAACGAGGCCACGCGCUCUCUCUCUCUCUCUCUCUCGCGCGCGCGCGCGCGCUCUCUCUCUCCCUCCACUCCUCCAUCCAUGCGCUUCUCAUCCUGACCCUCCUUCCUCUCCUCUCUGUCUUUCUUUCGUUUCCAGCCCGGAUAACGGAGGUAGACGAGUCUGGAGUUGCUGUUAAUAUUCUUAUUUUUAUUCUUAUUAUUUAUUGCUGGUCUUUGGGAAGCCGCCACGGGGCAUGGAGGAUGUAAAAGACCCACCGACCGUGCACCGGUCCUCCUUCAGCAUCAAGAGCCUCUUGUUGCCCUCCAAGUGCGACAGAGCGGACUCCGCCGCCGCCGCCGCCGCCGCCGCCGCCGCCGCGGUCUCCGGCGUCCACGGGACCCUGUCGCCCGCACCCGAGUCCGACUCGGAGAAGUCGCUGGACGCCCCGGAGGUGGACUCCGGGGCCGCGGCGCUGGAGCCGGGGAAGCCGGGCGCAGAGGAGGAGGACGGCGGCGGCGGCGGCGGCGGAGGCGCGGACGGCGCCAAGGCGGCACCGGAGCAGAACAGCGGCAAAAACGGCAAGUACGACAAGCCCCCGUUCAGCUACAACGCCCUGAUCAUGAUGGCCAUCAGGCAGAGCCCCGAGAAGCGCCUCACGCUCAACGGCAUCUACGAGUUCAUCAUGAAGAACUUCCCCUACUACCGCGAGCACAAGCAGGGCUGGCAGAACUCCAUCCGCCACAACCUCAGCCUCAAUAAGUGCUUCGUCAAGGUGCCGCGGCACUACGACGACCCGGGCAAGGGCAACUACUGGAUGCUGGACCCGAGCAGCGACGACGUGUUCAUCGGCGGCACCACCGGCAAGCUGCGGCGGCGCUCCGCCACGUCCCGCGGGAAGCUGGCGAUGAAGCGCGGGCUGCGCUUCGCUCCUCUCGGCCUGGGGAUUAACGAGCGGGCGAACAACCCGCUCUACUGGCAGAUCUCCCCCUUUCUCUCUCUGCACCACCACCACCACCACCACCCGCACUACAACGGCUCCUCGCCCGGCUUCCUGAACCAGGCGGCCGGCUACGGCUCGCUGCUGCCCGCCGUGGAGCAGCUCAGCAACGGGGACCUCGGGCGCUCCAUCCUCGGGGGGUCGGCGGCCGGUGCGCUGGGCUUAACGAACAGCUACGGCAUGAGCACGUCGCCGGUCGGACUCCUCUCCGGACAGACUUCCGGUUAUUUUCCGGUCUCAGGGACCCAGCACGCCGCCGCGGCCGCGCCGGGGCAGCCCGGGGGCGCGCCGCCGCCCGCGCCGCCGCCGCCGCCGCCGCCGCAUCUCCAGCAGAGCGCGCCGGCCUUCGGUGGCCUGACGGGCGGCUCCCAGCAGUCGCUGCUGUCGGACUCGCUGAGGAACGGCUCCUUGGCGCCCUUCUCCUCGGGCGUGUCCGCGGGCUUCCCCGGGAUGCUGUCCCAUCAGAAGAGGGUGACUCCCAACGCGUUCCUGAACUGAGCUUCCGCUCCUCAUCCCCGGAUGGCACCGGGGACGCAGAGAUAAGGGCAAAUAAGCGGCGGUAAAUAUCAAACACUGAUCGCAGAUAUAUAUAGAUAUUUAUAUGAAUUGAAACUUUUGGCCAUAUUCCGCCCUGAAGUGCAACGGGUUCCUGCUCAUUAUUUUUGACGUUUUAUUCAAAAGGGACAAACUUUUGUUACCGCGGGUUGUACAACUGUAAACUAGACUUGCCAAAGGUAACGCUAAAUAUAUUUCAAACUAUUUAUAUCUUGUACAAAGAUUUUCAAUACUUCCUUUGAGUCUUUUAUUUAUGUUUUGUAUUUAUUGUAUGAUGUAUUUAAAUUCUAUUCGUCGGUGUUUGGACUCAUCAGUGUCAGGGGUAAAAUGAGACGUACAGGGUUAAUAAUUAUUUAUAAAUUUGAGACAAUCAAGGAGAAAAAAGACGAAGCUUUUUCUUUCUGUGUUUUGGUUUGAGAGACCAGAGAUUGAAGCCUUAACGUCAGCACAAACAAUCAGGGGUUGUAGAGGAAGCCGAGCCUGCACAUAUCUGUACUCAGUGAAUCCUAUAAACCUGCUGUGUGAAGAGUUUUCUUCCAAACGUCACCGAAAAGCAUCUCACUGUUAGAAAGAAGCGGCUGCUUGGAACCAAACUCUUCAUAGGACAUUAUGCAAACAGAGUGUUUCCGUGUUCUCUGUACAUCAUCAAAGCCCAGAUUGUCACUUUAGUUGCUUUUGGUUGGUCGUGUGUGUGUGUGUGUGUGUGUGUGUGUGUGUGUGUGUGUGUGUGUGUGUGUGUGUGUGUGUGUGUGUGGCCCGCAGUAGUAAAACCUGCUGCGCAUGUGCGUAAAGGCCGCCGUGCAAACAGGCCUGCGUGCGGGAAAGUGCGCGCGCGCACACGCACACAUAAAACAGGCGAAGAAGUCGCAUAUUCAGAUUUAGAAUCUGACACAUUGACCCGGGAAACGGUUCCGGUGCUGUCCAGGUCUUUCGGCCACAUCUUACUCCACUUUUGGCUUCGUGAGGUUUUAACCUCUGCGCUAGAAAAAUAAAAUUAAACAGCAUCAAAGACGACGGUUUUCACUGACACGAUCAACACAUUUGAAUAUUUUAACUUGAAUGUUUGUACAGCAGCUUGACCAGAGGAGCGAGAGCUGCAUUUACCGUCUGCCUAAUCUUGUUUUUUGCCCAGCUUGAUAUUUAUCAAAUUAGAUUAUUCAUUACUAUGAACUUUAAGCUUUAUUUAAAUUCACUUCAUCGCAAUUUAUCAGUAAACACUUAAAACCACUAAACUGAAACUAAAAUGUAAGAAUAUGAUUUCUUCCUUUCAAACUAUUCCUCAAUAAAUAAUGCCUAAAUAUUAAUCUGUUGAAGUUCAGAUAAAUGUAUAAUAGAGUUUAUGUGAGUAGUGUUUAUGAUAAUAAAAAUUGGAUAUGCAGUCGUUUUUCAAAGCUCAACCAACUGAUGUGUUGACAACAAAAGCUCACAUUUGAAACUGCCCUGAAGUUUGUUUGUGUCAGUGAGAAGCUCGUGGCUCCAGCAUAAAACAGUGUGUUCCAUCAUCACAUCAUCUGCCUCAGCAAAAAACAACAACAAAAUUAUAGAAAACAAUAAAUUCAAAUUAAAGAAACAAAUUUAGUGUAAAAUUAUGAAAUGGUGCAAUUCAAUAUGUUGAUUUAAAACAGCUGCAGCUUAAAUUUGACUUCUUAUUGAAAAUGAACCUUUCAAAUAAGAAGCUGCAGCUGAACAGUGAGAAAGUCUAGAAAAACCUAUAGAACCUCUGAAGAUUCAAAAAAUAAAAUAAAGGGCGCAACACGCGUGCGCACACACACACACACACACACACACACACGAACACACACACACACACACACACACACACACACACACACACACACACACACACACACACUGGGCUACAUCUGAUUUUGUAAAAAUUGUUUUGAAGUUUGUUUAUAAGUUUUUGCACUUUUGUUCUUAGUGUUCACUUCUUGAAGUUUGUGUUGUCUGUUUCGUUGCUGUUUGUCUUUUUUUGCAGAGAAACUAAAACUAAUUAAAAAAGGAUGAAAUUAA